AUGGGAGACGGAAGUGGGAGCCGGUGGAGCAGGGCGGAGUGGGUGCAGCAGUACGAUCUGUUAGGUAAAAUCGGUGAAGGGACUUACGGCCUGGUUUUUCUUGCCAGAACCAAACCCCCCUCUCCCUCCAAAUCCAUCGCCAUCAAGAAGUUCAAGCAGUCCAAGGACGGCGAUGGCGUCUCCCCCACCGCCAUCCGGGAAAUCAUGUUGCUCAGGGAGAUUACGCACGAGAACGUCGUGAAGCUCGUCAAUGUCCACAUCAACCACGCCGAUAUGUCGCUUUACCUGGCCUUCGAUUACGCGGAGCACGAUCUCUACGAAAUUAUAAGGCAUCACAGGGACAAACUCAACCAUUCUAUUAAUCAAUACACUGUUAAGUCUUUGCUCUGGCAGUUGCUCAAUGGAUUAAGUUAUCUGCACAGUAAUUGGAUGAUACAUCGAGAUUUGAAGCCAUCAAAUAUAUUGGUUAUGGGUGAAGGAGAGGAACAUGGAGUUGUUAAGAUUGCUGAUUUUGGACUUGCAAGGAUAUAUCAAGCUCCUCUGAAGCCACUAUCUGAUAAUGGGGUUGUUGUAACCAUUUGGUAUCGUGCACCUGAGUUGCUUCUUGGAGCAAAACAUUAUACAAGUGCUGUUGAUAUGUGGGCUGUGGGAUGCAUUUUUGCUGAGUUGUUGACCUUGAAGCCACUGUUUCAAGGGGUAGAAGUCAAAGCUACAUCAAAUCCCUUUCAGCUUGACCAACUUGACAAGAUAUUUAAGGUUUUAGGCCAUCCCACAUUAGAAAAGUGGCCUUCGUUAGCAAGUCUUCCACAUUGGCAACAAGAUGUGCAACAUAUACAAGGACACAAAUAUGACAACGCAGGCCUCUAUAAUGUUGUACACCUUUCUCCAAAGAGUCCUGCAUAUGACCUCUUGUCAAAGAUGCUUGAAUAUGAUCCUCGUAAACGUAUAACAGCAGCACAAGCUUUGGAGCAUGAGUAUUUCAAAAUUGAGCCAUUACCUGGACGGAAUGCACUUGUACCAUGUCAACUUGGAGAGAAAAUUGUUAAUUAUCCCACUCGUCCAGUGGACAACACAACUGAUCUCGAAGGGACAACCAAUCUGCCAUCUUCACAAGCGGUGGUAACUGCAGUUUCUGGUAGCAUGCCUGGUGCUCAUGGGUCUAAUAGAUCUGUCCCUCGGCCAAUGAAUGUUGUUGGAAUGCAAAGAUUGCCACCACAGGCAAUGGCGGCUUAUAAUCUCACAUCUCAGGCAGCCAUGGGUGACGGAAUGAAUCCUGGGAGUAUCUCAAAGCAACGAGGUGUUCCACAGGGCCAUCAGCCGCAACAGGUUUUGUGUUUUGCGGGAAUUGAGAUAGGGGAGAAGGGGUUUAACUUAUUUUUUUGUAUUUUUCUUUUGUAG